GUUAUGAAACAUGAAGUUAUGAAAGUCCGGUCCGAGCUGAGAGACGUUCACGGACCGGAGGUUCACCGGUCACGUCAGCUGAUCGAAGAACCUUGGACCGAGUCUAAGCUCCGUCCGGAUGUUCAUCGACAUUUCUCCGUCGGUACGUGAACGUCCCUCGGGUCCGCGACACCGAGCGACCGUCCGACUCCGGUCCGGUCCGGUCCGACGGUCGCUUCACGUCUCCGUCGGUCAACGCUCACACUCGGGGACCAACUUUAAACUCGAGGCCCGUUAACGGAACUUCACCAGACGUCGCUGAAACUCACCGUUUGAACAAACAACUCGACGUCAACGUCCGAACGGCGGCGGAGCUUCGUCCGGCCCGGUUCCGAGCGGAGGCUUCACCGGGGCAGAGAGCUCACGAGCCGCGGGUCGUCGGUGCUCCGGUCGUCGGUGCUCCCGCUGCCUCGAGCGAUGAGGUCACCGCGGUAAAAAUACAGAGAUGUCGUCAUCGCGGCUCGAGUCACAUCGGAGCUGCUUAAAGGCGCAGCGACGUGACGUCGUCACUGAGCGACACGUACAUGCGGGCCGUGCUGGGGGCGCUGUCGAACCGCGUCACUGAACCUGGAGACUUUUCACUAUUUGAUUCAUGUUUCAUUCAUGUUUGGUUCAUGUUUGAUUCAUGUUUUGGUAAAAAAAAAAGUGUCAAAACACAGACUGUGAAUAAAGAUGGCCGACAUCAUCAUGACCGCCCCCUGGCGUCUGGCUGCAGUACAGAUGGUGGCUGGUAAAGUGAAGAAACCCGGGAAACGCGGCCGCAAACCUGCAAAGAUCGACCUGAAGGCCAAACUGGAGCGGAGCCGCCAGAGCGCCAGGGAGUGUCGGGCCCGGAAGAAGCUGCGGUACCAGUACCUGGAGGAGCUGGUGUCGAGCAAGGAGCGGGCCAUCUGCGCCCUGAGGGAGGAGCUGGAGAUGUACAAGCAGUGGUGCUCGGCCAUGGACCAGGGGAAGAUCCCGUCAGAGAUCAAAGCUCUGCUGACCGGCGACGAGCAGAAGACGCCUCAUCAUGGCGGCGGCGGCACCAAGUCGUCCAAGAGCAACAAGAACAGCGGUCAGGGUUAAGCCCCGCCCCCUGCGAUGGGGAAAGCCCCGUCUCCGAUGGAGGAGGUUUCACACUGACGAGGCGACGCUUCAGUCAAACUGCUGCUGUCAAUCAUCCACAGGAAGUUACACACAGGAAGUUAAACUCUUUUUUUCUCUCCCUCCAGUUUCCCGUGAAGCGUCUCGCUCCUGAUUCGUCUGACGGAUCAGACGUCGUCAUGGCGCCGCAGCUUGUCUGUCGUCAUGUGACUUAUUAACCACAGAUUAUGAUAAACUUAAUAAAACAUAAUUAAUAUCACGUUAUGUCUAGAACGAUGUUCACAGAGGAACUGAAACUGAAACUGAAUUUACUCGAUUACAUUUGUUCUCUGAUUGACAGUUAAGGCCUGAGAGUCAAGCACAGAUCCAUCAAAAUAAUCAAAUCAUGAUGGACAGUUAUCGUCACAAGUCACAUGACGGACUGACAGACAGGUAACAGGAAGCGACGCCAUGGCGACGGUCGAGGACUCGUGAUGUUUGUGACGCGUGAAUGUGGCUUCAGUUUAUUAUUUUAUUUAUGUUUUUUAAACGUUGGUCUGAUUCUGUGGACACGCGGUGUCGGGGUAGAGGUCAGAGGUCAGCAGUAGGAUGAAAGGCGUCAGAUCUAUUUUUGUAUUUUGUAUCGUGUCGCCGAAGGAAAAGUCAAACUUUUUGCUUCUUGUUGGUGAGACGAUGAAAAAAGAUUAAAAAACUGCAGCUUUUGAUUAUUUUAUUAUAUUUACGUUACUACUUCUUCUGUCUGAGUCAAUGUUCAGAUUUAACUUCAGACCAACAAGUUCAAACUGAUCUUCUUGUUUUGUUGUGAUGAGAAUCGUCAGUGACGUUUUUGCACUUUCUUCACUCUGGCACUUUGUCGAUGGUUCAACUGAACUUUGCUCUUUUUGUCGCUCAAAGAAAAUAAACGUUUGUUUGACUGUAA